CGUCAACGGAUGUUGCGUGUGUUCCAGGCGGAAGUGAAGGAGAUUUUCAAACUAAACGGCGCCGGAGAAGACAAAGGAGGACUACAGCAGCUGCUGUUGUGAUAAAGGAUACAGGUUAAUGGAUCUGCUCAUGUAGAAGGAGGAGAGAAUGCCAAUCCGUGCCCACUGCACAAUUUGUUCUGAUUACUUUGAUAAUUUCAGGGAUGUGGCAGCCAUCUAUUGUGGGCACACGUUUCACAAUGAGUGUCUUGCUCAGUGGUUUCACAGUGCUCCAUCUCGGACCUGUCCUCAGUGCAGAAUAAAGGUCAGUGCAAAACACAUCAUCAACAAGCUGUUCUUCAACAUAGUCGAGAAUGAGCAGGUGCUAGAUGCCGAAACUCUCCAGAAUGAAUUGGACAGAGUCAAGUCUCAGCUGUUACAGAAAGAGAAAGAGAAAAUGGAUCGCCAGACAAUCAUUGAUAAUCUGAGGGACACCCUGGAUGAACGCAAUGCAAGAGUGGAAUCUUUGAACAAGGAACUGAAUGAGACAGAAAUGCUGUGCUCGACUCUCAAGAAGCAGAUGCGAUAUCUGGAACAGCAGCAGGAUGAUUCUAGAUCUUCAAAAGAGGAGGCACGCAGGCUCCGACAGAAAUUGCAAACAUUGGAAAAUAUUCAGGUACUGCUUCAAAGCCAGAGGCCAGAAGUCGAGGAAAUGAUCCGGGAAAUAGGAAUAGGACAGUCAGCAGUGGAACAGUUGUCCAUUUACUGUGUAUCCUUAAAAAAGGAAUAUGAAAACCUGAAGGGGACAUAUAAAUCUUCUGUUGAUAUGUCUGAGAAGUUGAAGAAAGAGCAUUUUGUAACCAGCUGCAAGCUAGAGAAGAAUGUGUCACAGUUAGAGAAAAUGAAAGAGGAUCUGCGUGCAUCACAGGAGGAUUUGCGCAAUGCCGACAGAGAAAUCACGAACCUAAAAAAGAAGGUGGAGUUCCUCCAGAAGUCCCUCAGUACGCCAAAUCGCACCAACGAGGCAAUCAGCCGCUUAAUCUUUGAGAGCCCAGCCCCUGUGGAUUUACAAUACCCUAAACUGCACAAGCCGACUGUUGGAGAGGAUAUUGAUCUGUCUGUGACAUAUGACUUUGAUACCCCUGAUCAUGUUCCUCCAAAAUCUCUCAGCACCUCGUCAAAGAAAAUAAAACUAGACACUGCUGGGUUACCAAAGUUAAAUCAGUCUACUAAAUCAGUGGACAAAUCAAAGAAAAUGAACAAUGAUGAGGAUGAUCGUAUUCUCCCAGCAUUCCUCAAAAACUCAAUGCUGUUCCAAAAGAAACGUUGUGGUAGCUUCUUGAUUCCACAAAUGAACCAAGGAUCAGUGCGGACCGGCUUCGAUGGAAUGGGGGGAAGGACCAAGUUUAUUGAACCUACCAAAAUGACUGAAGUUCGGCCACUGCCAUUAAAGGCAAAGAGGAAGAAAGUGUCUCGGACAGCUGUCAAGCCUUCUGUUUGCAAGCAGCACAAGUUGGAGGAUUUCCUGAUUUGAUUCUUGAAUUUCAGGGAUGCAGUUUGACUUUGAACUGAAUGCCAGGUCUGCAGUAGCAUGUUAAUGUUGACAUCAGUGUCAAAACCCAAACUAGAAAAAUGCAGCUGGCCUGCACUAAAUGACAAACGAGCUAAAUCUACUGCAGGAUUGUUAAAGUCAACAGUCCCAAGCGCAAAAAGCCUUGUUGGUCUUCACAAUAAUUGAACCAUUUCAACUCCAGACAGCCUACUGAUGUUACCCUCAUCCCUGAAAGCCUUAAAUAAUUGGCAUUCAAAAAGGAGAAAUCACCAUGGUUUUAAAUAAAACUCUUACUCAAGAAGAGGUGACAGUGUAAAGAAUAGAAGAACUUUGAUUGAAAUCAGAUUUCAUAUUAUGAAUAUCAACAGAUAUUUCUAUGGCUUUACCUGAUGAUCGUGAGGUAUUUAUACCAGGGAAUACACCGUAAUCACCCAGCAACAAACACCCCAAGUCAAGUAUAGCAUGGGUUAGGUGAAGAGUAUAUCUCUGUCCUGUGCCAGGCAACCAUUAUUUGUGUAAGUGUGAUAUUUUCUUGUUUCCUUGAGCGUGUCCCUCCCUGAAUGACAGUGUCACUUUUUAGUGCCAAAUUGGAAUGGCCUUAAAAUAGGAGUUUGUAGCUUUUGAAACUAUCCAAACUUGUACUGAAGCAUCUAAUUGCAAAAAGAAUUCCUGAGCCAGUCCCAGUCCAUUUCAUGUUGAAUUGACGUCAGCAGUGACUUACAUUUGAAGUUGGAUUUGAAGUUAAUCUGGUCCCAGAAAUUAGUUCAUGGUCACCUAGUAAAGGGCUUCCUAUGUUUGCUUUGUUAUCAUCUGAAUCCCUGGUCUGAAUUAACCUGCCGAUUUGAGUCACGCAUGGAGCUGCCUAUUGACUGUAAUAUACCAGUGACUUCUCAGUACAGAUGCCAGCUGAACACUGCGUAAAUACUCAAGGUGCAGUACUGUCAAGCUGGACUCUUCAAAUUCCUGUCACAGGCUAUUAGGUUUCAGCAUCAUUUUGAACAAAGUUGAUUUUAUAUUUGCAACAUUUUCACAGUAAUGAAAUAGUAGAUUUACUUUGUACAUCAGUGUGCAAUUUAGGGGCAGAUAACCACAUCAGUCACCACAAGACUCCUAGCUAGUGGAAGGGUUUGAAUUAAUUGACAUUUUAAUAUUACAAAGAUACAGAAGAAGCAGCCAGUUCUUGUGAUUCACUGAGGUAUCCAGUAUCCCCACCUGACAAUGGGUCAUUGCCAUUUACCGGUAAGCUUCCACUUCUUACUUUAGUAGACACUUAAUGUACAUACUGAUCAAGGACACUCUUAUUUUUAAAGUCCUGUAGUAAAGUGAAAUGACUUUUGUAGAGGUUACCUCUUAUACUCUACUCAUGACCAUUUUUUAUUUCGUUUUCCCUUUUUUCUAUUUUUUUUUCAAUAUGACAACUGAUGGCAUUGAGGGAACUGGCAGAGGAUGGAUCCUAAGCCUGACCUAAUGGUGCACACAGCUACUAAAUAAACAUUGCUGAAGAAAGCCAGCAGCACAGAGGCAGGCUCAACAAUCUUGUAUUUUCAUUCAGCUCCUUUGAACUGUCAGGCUCAGUAAUUUGUUUUUCAGCCAAUCUUUGUUUAUGCAAGUGUUGAGCUUUCACUGUAACAUCUAAUUAUCAUUCUUCUCAGGUGAUAAGUCAGGAUGUCUGCCUCCACACUGUGUCCCUCAAACAGUGUCCGUCCAUCUAUAUACAAGCAAUUUUCUCUAAUGGGGAGAAGAUGCCAAUGGUCCUUUGUGGACAGUGGCUAAUUACUUACCAUUCUUGAUUUCAAUAGCAGUGCCUUUGGUGAUUUCUUCAAAAGACAGGUCCUUGUUGAUGAGACUGCCUCUUUAAAAGUCUUUGGUAGCAAGUGCGUCUAAUAAGGUUAAAACUUUUCGGUUGGUAUAAACUUAGGACUAAUAUUUUUAAAGCCCUAUAUAUAAACAGCACUUAUUCAAAAACCAAUUGGUGAAAAAUAAGAAUGUAAACUUUUAUGAACCAUGAAUUCUUUCCUAAAUCUUGUAUUAACAUUACAAUUGGAAAUCAAAGUAAUUUAUCCUUCACAUUGGAAAAACAAUGUGUUUUUAGUUGGUUUAAAACUGCAUUUUAUUCUUUAAUAAUUGCUUGAUUUGGGUGAGAUUUUCACUUUAGGUUUUUAGUUUGUGUUAUCAGAAUAGGAUGCAGUUUUUUUUUUAAAAAGCGUUUUACUUCUGUAUGGGAUUGCUCUGACUAUCCAGCUGGUUUCUCUGUUUCAAUUUGGUGCGAGUAACAGAUAUCUCUAAGAACAUAUCCCAUUGGUCAGGCUGUUGGUCUAGAAAUAAAUGAGCUCCUCCAAUGCCGAUGGUGACUUGGGAAAUUCUAGCGGAACUUAAUACGUUAUCACUGUACAUCAAACAAUGCUGUCUGUUCCUUCAUUGUCACCUUAGAUACAUAAGAAAUCACAGAAAGUGGCCUGUUUUGACUUUGUGUGUUGCCUGAUUCUAGCCAGCUGGUAAAAUAAAUAAGUGAUGUCAUCCAUCAAAUUCCUUUCAGUUCCAUGUCUCCAUAUGUUUUAAAAGAAUCUUAUCAGUCAACACGUCAACAAUUCAGGCCUCUAAUCCCGAACUACUUUAGCCAGAAAGGUUAGACUUUGAUCAAGAUUUCUUUAGAUUGAGAGUUUAAAUGGGCUCUGGUACAAAGAUUUCAAAUUGCCCAUUGGGAUUACAAUCUGUAAAGAAAUGAAUAAUAUUUAGUAUCUGCUGCUGUUACCCAGUGAGCCUUGGCAGUGAAUCGAUUUUAUUUCUUGAGUGAAACAUCCCUACAUUGUGUUUUGGAUCUGAAAUGUGCUUGGAUUAGGUCUAUUUAGCUACUGAAUUUGGAAUUGAUAGUAACUGUAGGUUGAAUUUGAUGACAUAGGCUUGUUUCCUCCGUUAGUGAUGUUUGUUUGUUUGUUUUGAGAUUAGGUGAAUUUUCUGGUAUGAUUUGUGUUGGGUGUUUGUAUGAAGCCCUUUAUUUGAAACUUUUUCACAGUGGUUUUCCAUCUGAUUCAUUUGGUCCUGAAUGCUUAUUGCUUGACAUCAAAAAUAGAUGAAUCAAGGAAUCUUUUAACAGCUGCAUGAGAAGCAGGUUCGCAAAAGGACCAUAUAAAAGGUCAAACAUAUAAAACACAAUUUUUGCAUAUUUAGUAAUCUGUAGAGAAGCAGAACAAGGGCAUUCUCUCACCAAUGUCACAUCCACACAGCAGCCUGUGCUACACACUCAAAAACCGGGUUUACAGGUUUACAGGAUUACAGUUUCUGGACUUGAAAUAGUAAGUGAUGCCUAUGUGAUGCAUUAAAGAAGUGACCACCUUGAAUUAAUUGCAGCCAUUUUGCAGUCCAGGUGGCAGUUAGCAUAGCCUUCCACCACUGUUAAAUCUAUUGAUUUUUGACACACUUGUGCUUCCGAUAGUUUAACAGUUCUGCAUAGUGUUGCAGUGCUUCUUUUGCAGCCUGUUCAUUUAUUUGGUUCACUGCAAUGACGAACCUGGUUUUGAGUACAGUUGUCAUUUAAAAAAGCUGAAUGAUAUAUGUUUAUAUCUUGGGCAUUGAUGCAUUGGAUUAUUUAUAUACGUUUGUUGUACAGUAUGUGACACGAUUAAAUAUUUUGAUUCAAA